CGGGCCUCUGUCUAACACCUCUGCAUGCACUAAAAAAUGAAAACAAACUUAAACUUUAAAGUAGUGUAUUAAUAAUUGUGAUAAAAAGUCUCAUAAUACUUUUGUUGCUAAUAUUAUUAAUUAAUAAUGUCGAAAAAUGCACACGUUGUCGACGGAGAAGCCUCCGAAUCAGAUUCAGAACUCGAAAUCGGCAGAACACCUGACUCGGAAAUAUCUUCAAACUCUAAAACGUUUGUGGUGACUGGAGAAGCAGAGGAGUCUGAUGAUGAAUCGAAGAUAAAACCGGCCGAUGAUCCACUAGAGAGAGACGUUCCUUUGAACACAGCCAUGCCGCCACACGCGCAUACAAAGGCCGACAUUUACAAUAGUCUACUGCAUCAGAAAUUGUGGGAAUGCAACGUUUCUCUCCGUGCGACCAUACAAGGUCUGGUUAGGCACACGACUGAGAUAGCCUCCAGUAAGCUGACGUAUGCUGACAAAACUCUGCUCAAUGUUCAGGAAAGCGUGCGAGCGACGAACGCUAACUUAAGCGUCGCUCGUGCGCGCCUUCGACAGAUACAGGCCGGUCUGGAGCGGGCCAACUGCGCGACCGCCCUGCAAAACGUCAAAAUCAAAGACGACAAACAAACAGCUUGAUCAUCACCCCACAGACACGGUCCACUGAGUUUCUCGCCGGAUCUUCUCAGUGGGUCGCGUUUCCGAUCCGGUGGGAGAUUGGUAGAUUCAGGAAAGCACUGCUCUUGCUAGGGCCAGUCAAAUCAAAUCAAAUCAAAUAAAAAAAAAUAUUCAACAUAAAUGAGAGUACCUACAUACUUGUUGAACGUCAAAAAGAACUACCGCCAAUUCACAAAAACUAGCCUCCGUCCUGAGAAGAACUGGCAACAAACUCAGCGGGCAUGUCUUUUUUUUUAAUAAUAGAUUUUUUUUUAAUAUUCAAUUUUACAAUGAAUAUUAUAACGUAACAAUUAUUACAAUAUUGAAAUGCCCGGAGCGAGCAACUCAUCCCCACUUUGUGCAAUCUUCUAGAUAAUGAUUGACUUUAUAGUAAGCUUUAUAGCACAGAUGUUCUGAACAUCUUGUGGGAUUUUGUUGUACAGGCGCACAGUGUUAGCAACACUCCGGUUUGAGCUCACCUACACGUCAAGGCAAAGCUGAAAUAGCCUAUCAAAGCUAUCAACAUAAGUAGGAAAAAAAUAAUAGUUUAAAAAAACUAAAACAAUAUAUUAUAUUUUAUACAAUAUUUUAUAGAAAAUCCAAACUAAAAAAUAGGAUUUUUUUUUAAUAAAUUUGAAUUAAAAAAUAGUGUAAGAAAAAAGAUUUUAUUGUAAAAAAAGCGUGGGGUGCAUGGUAUAGUCCUCGGCACGUAACUUGGCAAGAGUCGUUAGAUGCGCAGAAGUCGUUUUUUAGGUCUCUUUGGUUGUCAAGCGGGACGCGGGGAAAGACGUAGCACCGUUCCGAGCGCGCGAUUGGUGAGUCAGUCGACCCUCCCCUCCCACACCGCGUCCACGUUCCGUUCGCUCUUUUUUUUUUUUUUUUUUUUUUUUUUUUUUUUUUUUUUUUUUUUUUUUUUUUUUUUUUUUUUUUUUUUUAUGAUUGAAAGUUUACUGGUGGCCCGAAGGCCUUUCCAGUUUCACCAGGACAGGUGGGCGAGCAAAGGCUCAGCCAAGAGGGGUGGGAUUUGCUAACAACUGCCCGAGCGCCUCCGAAGGAGACCUAACAACUCAAGAGCAAUUGUUUCGCGAAUGAAUCUACUACCGGAUCGGAAUCGCGACCCGCUGAGAAGAUCCGGCGAGAAACUCAGCGGGCUGAUGCAUGGGUUAGGUUGCACGUCGACCUCUUUGUCGAGUUCGACGAGUACGGUUACCGGGGUCCCUAAGCCUGCCCCUAGUAUUAGAGCUGAAGGCAUCUAAUGCAAAGGUUAUUGGAUCUGAUGGAUCCGUAAGGACGUGUCUAGGGCGUCGACGGUGACUGGCUCCUGCAUGAUCAGGAUUCGGGGAGUAGUCAGCGGCGGCAACGAUAAGGCGAUUAUCAUGACGCAUAGCCUUAUCGAAGUAUCGUUCCGACGCUGACUUCAUGUAUUUCCGAAUUGAUUCGAGGCCCAGGUCGUCGUGUAGGUCAACGUUCCUCACGAACCACGGAGCCCCGACAGCUAACCUGCAAAAGCGGGAUUGUAGGGAAUCCGUUCGCUCCUGGUUACACAUGCGCCUACUAAAUUGUAGGAACCCUUUGUUUAUAUUGAGUUUUUGUUACGAGUUGUUAUUAUUGUUUUAAAUUUAGUUUUUGUUACGAGUGUUAUUCUUUUAAAUUUGUUUGCAAUGCCAGGGCCAAAUACCAAUGACCAUAUAGUCGAUUCAGUCACUGAGCGUUUUAUUAUUUACGCCAGUGACGACAGCGACUUCGUUAUGUCAACGAUGAGGAGCCAACUCCUUCCACCAGCUCAGGUGCUACUAUAAAUUUAAUCCAAGGGGUAGCACUAUUAGAAAAUGAUAGUGACGACGGCGACACAUAAUUUUUAAUAUUAAGUAUAUUUUCUUAAAUAAACUUCUUAACUUUUAA